AUGCCUAAAAAGAGUAUAAAAAAUCAAAUUAUAGACUUAAAAAUAAAUGCAGCUAUUAAAGAUCUUGAAUUUAUCGAAGACACAGCACACUUCGAUCAAUGGCACGCUCUCAUUGAUGAAAGAAUGGAUGAACUAAUGGAGGAUGUAAGAACAAUCACUUCUUAUCGACGAGGGGAUGAACUAAGUGUGCCAAAAUCCAUUCAUUGGCGAGAUAAUAUUUUAUGUUGUUUCGACGAAGGACGAUUUUUGCAAAUGUUACGUGUCAACAAGAGUCAAUUUGCUCGUCUUGUUGAAAUAUUUGCAAAUGAUAUAAUAUUCAAAGGUUCAGGAUCCAAUUUGCAACUGCCCGUGGAUUUACAACUCGCGAUAGUACUAUUCCGUUUAGGCUCUUCAGGAGAAAGUGCAUCAGUGCGAAAAAUCGCGACAAUUUUUGGAGUGGGAGAUGGUGGCACUCUGACCAAAAUUACCCAGAGAGUAUUUUCAGCAAUUUUGAAGAAAUUACCGGUAUACAUUCAAUGGCCUAGUGCGACUGAGCGUAGGCAACUUAUUGCUCAUACGUUCAGUGAGUUACCAUUCUGUAUUGGUUAUAUUGAUGGAAGUGAGAUAAAGCUGGCCGAAAAACCUAGCAAUAACCAUGAGGCAUAUUUUUCUCGUCAACGAAUAUAUUCUAUUAAAUUGCAAGUUGUAUGUGAUCAUAAGCUCCGCAUCAUGCACGCAUUAGUGGGUAAUCCGGGAAGCUACCAUGAUUCUAAAAUAUUUAAGAAAUCGCAUAUUGCAACAAACAGCGCGUGCUUAUUUACUGGAGAAGAAUGGAUUGCAGGCGACUCUGCGUACCAGUUGACUAAACAUUUGAUAACGCCAUAUCGCACCAAUUCUUCUUUAAUGAAUAUUGAACAACAAAACAAAUUCAAUAAAAGACACAGCCAAUACCGCGUUAGAGUUGAAAAUUGUUUCGGAAUCCUUAAAGAAAAGUUUUGCAGUUUAAAACAAAUGAGAAUUAAAAUAAAAGACAAAAAAAGCCAAAAAUUUUUCAAUUCUUGGAUUCUCGUUUGUUGUGUGUUGCAUAAUAUUUUGUUGGAAGACCGCAAUUUUUCACAAUUUGAAAGUGAGAAUAGCGAAUGGUGUGAAGCGCAGUAUGAUAGCAAUACUAUUGCUGCACCUACACCUGAGCUAAAAAGACAAACACUGUAUAAUAUGAUGUUUGAAUAA